GCGCAGGCUUCCCAAAGGCGGGGAAAACAGCACAUCUGGACUCCUGGACAAACGUCUGUGCUUUUUGUCAAAAGCAGAAACACUCCGGAGGCUCUAGGACCCUGGACAGCUCCCCCGCCCUUUGCCCGCUCCCAGGGUCCCCGCUGAGAGUCUCCUCCUCCGGGCAGGCCUCCGCGCUCUCCAGUGCCGGGUCCGGGGAUCCCAAAGCGUUCUGCACCGGCGCCUUGCUUCUCCAGUUUUUCCGACUGUAAACCGGAUCCCCCGCUUCCAUUACUCACCUGGCACUGGCCACUGCCCGCGGAUAACCCGUAAACUCUCGGCGAAGAGGCUGAGAAACUGCGCAGGCGCGUGCGCGGAAGCUCCUGAGAACCAGAGUCAAGGUAACGCGUCACCUCGUCCUCCUUCACCGCUGUGGCCCAAGGCGCAUGUGCAACACGAAAGGGCGGCGAUGGCAUUCCUUUUUCCCGUCUCCUGCACGUUAGGACGAUCACGUAGGCUUUGAGGCAUGCGCGCCAACUGACGCUGGGCUUUCUGGGACUCGUAUUCUACAGGGACCAUCGAAUGAGGCGACUGAGCUCAGCCUACAUUUCCCAGAACGGCGAGGGAGGGUCCAGGUUUGGUCCUGGCCAAUUGGGACGGCGUUUUUAACCCAGCUCUCUGCCCCAUUCGAAGCCUCUACUCCGCCUACUUACUCCCGGGCCCCCCAAAUCCGCAGGGAGACGCCAUUUUCCAACAGAGAGUUACGUAACGCGCUGAAGCGGCAACUCCGCCCCGCGCCCACGUCUCCACGGCAACCGUCUCUCUUCCCCCUCCCUCCCUGGCCUUCAGUUGGAGGUUCGCCCCGUACAAGAAUGGAGGAAUGAGGCGGUCCUGGCUGCAGGCGCGUGUGCGCAUGCGCUGCCGUGUCCAGAGGCCUGCCCCGGAGUCCGCAGGUGAGGGGGGGGAGCGCGGAGCAGCCGGGAAGGAGACCUGACAAGGCACCAGGAAAGGGUGGGGGAAGGAAAGCUGGGAGGCUCUUGGGGCCAACGGAAUGGAGAAGGGGUCCGGCCCCAAGGCGCCAGGGAAGAGACUGCUCAGGGGCCCCAAGAGAGACCGGAAGUCAAUCACCCUGCACGUCAAGCUCGAAGUACUGAGGCGUUUUGAGGAGGGCCAGAAGCUCACACAGAUCGCCAAGACCCUGGGGCUGGCCACCUCCACAGUGGCCUCCAUCCGAGUCAACCGAGAGAAGAUCAAAGCCAAUUCUCAAGCGGCCACUCCCAUCAGUGCCACCCAGCUCACGCGGUGCCGAGGCGUGGUGAUGGGCAACAUGGAGAGGCUGCUGAGCCUGUGGAUUGAACACCAGAAGCAGCAGCACCUGCCCAUCAACACCAUGCUUAUCCAGGAGAAAGCCAAGAGCUUGUUUGAGACCUUGAAGCGCGAGCAUGGGGAGAGUGCCCAGACAGAGACCUUCGGUGCCAGCAAUGGCUGGUUUGCCCGAUUCAAGGCAAGGCACAAUGUCCUCCUGACGGAUGAACCUGCCGUGGCAGAUACAGAAGCGGCCCGCAGGUACCCUGAUGUGCUGAGGAAGAUUAUCGAGGAUGGCGGGUACACACCUCAGCAGGUUUUCAACAUUGACGAGACAGGGCUGUUUUGGAAGCGUUUGCCUGAAAGGACGUUUGUGUCUCUGGAGGAUAAAGUUGGGCCGGGGUUCAAGGCAUCCAAAGACCAUCUGACUCUGCUCCUCGGAGGCAAUGCUGCCGGGGAUUGUAAGCUGAAGCCCUUGCUUGUAUACCCUUCUGAAAAUCCCCGAGCUCUGAAGGGUUGCUCUAAGCCCAAGCUGCCCGUAAUCUGGAGAUCCAAUCGGAAUGACUGGGUGACCAUGAGCAUUUUCCAGGAGUGGUUCACCAACUUCUUCUGCCCCGCUGUGGAGAGGCACUGUGCUGAAAACCGCCUCCCCAACAAGGCCCUGCUGAUCCUGGACAGUGCCCCGUGCCAUCCGGUGUACUUGGACGACCUCUCUGCCAACGUGAGGGUGGAGUUUCUGCCCAAAAACACCUCGGCCUUGAUCCAGCCCAUGAACCAAGGGGUGAUCACCACCUUCAAGGCCUUUUACCUGAAGAGGACACUGUGUCAACUCAUCCAGGAGACUGACGGGGAGGAGAGGCCCACCAUCCGUGAAUUCUGGCGAAGCUAUAACAUCAUGACUGCUGUGGACAACAUUGCUGAGGCCUGGCAGGAGCUGAAGCCAUCCACCAUGAAUGCCGUCUGGAAGAAGAUCUGGCCGGAGUGCGUGCGUGCCUCCUCUGAGGCCGAAGCCCUGCCACAGAUCGUGGGCCACGGCGGCUUGGAGGGCGUGGUGGAAGAAGAUGUUGUGCACUUGCUUCGGUCUCAUGGGGAAGACCUGUCGGGGGAGGGACUGGGAACGCACUCCCCGGGAACAGGGCUGGACAACGCCCAGGCCACCCCGCCAGAGCUGACCAUGAGGCAUUUGGCGGAAGCCCUCUCCCACUUCGACCAGGGGCUGCAGAUCCUUUCUGAUAACGAUCCCAAUCGGGAGCGGAGCCUGAAGGUGUGUCGAGGGGUGAACAGUGUGAUUAGCUGCUAUCGGGAGCUGUACAAGGAGAAGAAAAGGGCUGCAAAGUAGGGAAGCAUCACCGAGAAAGGAGGAUUUCCCGGCCCCUCCACUUCAUUAGUCCUUCAGCCUCCCUUGGCUCCAUCACUGUGUGGGUACCUUCACCCCGAUGGUCUUGGAGUUCUGCAGAGACCUUGGGGAUGAGCCUGGUCUUCAGACAGACCCUCUACCCAUCCUCCGAGGCCUCCCAGUAUGAGUGGACCUGCCCGGCUUAUGCUCCUCGGCCACAGCCUCUUCUGUGCUAGGGGCACAGGCCGGAAGGAGGAAGCCAGUGUAUGAAGCAGGUCAGUGAGUAGCAAGGGUGUUGGAAAUCUGCCUGCCUGAGCCCAUAUGGAAGAAGUGGGGAAGGAAGGCAUGAACAUCUGCUGUGACUGGUGGAUGGCAGGGAGCUUGGGGAGCCCCUGUGCUGAGGGUGUCUUCAGGGGCCAUGACCACAGUUCCAUAAACCACUCCAGACUUUGCUGUUAAGUCAAUAAACUCAUGUUUGGUUGACAAA